CAAGUAUGCUAGAAUUACGCCAUCGAUUGUAGUCACAACGGCUACCGUUAAACUCGUUAUAAUCCUCGUGAUUAUCCCAUUAUACUAACCGUUUAUAUGUUAAUUACUUUAUAUGUCACUCCACGUCACCACUCAGCGGUUUCUAUCUAUACUGAUUAUGUAGCUCACAUGACGGUCCCAUGGUAAAAACAGCUUUAGCUCGCUCGGUCUUUUUUUUUCCCACUCGGUUGCCUGGAAUAGUAAGGAAGCUUACGCCAAGGGGCAAUGUCUGUCGAGCCUCGGCUCCUUUUGAAACUCAAAUAACUCGAAACCAACAGGAACACGCACAGCACGUCUGCAACAAUAAAGUUGACAGCCUUGGCUCAUGAUCCGAUCGACACUAUUGUCCCCUCUACACACGCUUUAUAAAAAAAGAGAGAAGAACAAUAAAACACUAUUUUGCUAGUCAUGGAUUCUCCGUUGACAACGUCGCCUGGCUCCUACCAGGGACCUUUGGGAUUCAUGUCCAAACUAUCUGACAAGGUUUACCUCUAUCGGCCUCCAUCCAAAAGCGGCGCCUCGCCGUCGGCCGGCCUGCCCAAGUUGAUCCUUGUCUUGGGCUGGAUGGACGCGCGCGACGUACACCUGGCCAAGUACAUAAUCGGCCACAGGGCGCUUUUCCCGAAGUCCCAGAUCCUGCUAAUCAAGGACCGCGUCUACCACCACUUCCUCCCCUUUACGGUGGGGCGCGCCCUGAAGCCCGCCCUAGCCGCGCUCAAGGCCGCGCAGCUCUCAGGCGACCGGACCGAGCUGCUCGUCCACGCCUUCUCCAACGGCGGGUCGGGUUUGCUGGCGAACCUGUACCGGCGGUACGCGCUCCCGCCGCACGUCAUGGUCAUGGACUCGUGCCCGGGCCAGUUCUCUUACCGGCGGACCCUUGCCGUGCUCAACGUCGGCCUGUCCUUUUGGACGCGGCUGCUACUGGCCCCCGUGUUCCACGCCUUCAUCGUCUACUACUACCUUGCCUUUUACGUGUCCCCCUGGGGCCGAAGGCGGGGCGCCUCCCUGGCCCGCAACGCCGCCGCCCACAACGACAGGUCCGUCAAGGGCGAUGGCGAGAGGGCGAGGGCUUACAUCUACAGUGACGUCGACGAGUUCAUCGCCUCCCGCGACGUCGAGAGGCACGCGGCACAGGCCAAGCAAAUGGGUCUGCCCGUUAGAUUGGAGAAGUUUGUCGGCAGCCCCCACGUCGCUCAUAUGCGCACCGACGAGGAUCGCUACUGGUCCAUUGUGCAGGAGACCUGGGAGGUGGGUCAGAACAAAUCGGACUGAGUCUGGUGCCCCCCAAAAUCUAUCGUGAUAAAUACCUAUAUAACUACCAGUAAUGCGUAAGAAUGCCUAGCUUUGCGCUGUAUUCAGGGUUUUUAGAUUUCUGGCACGAUCACAUCAUAUCGCAACUAUGCUUCAUAGUGUCUACUUUUUAAAACAACAACGGUUAUAGCAGUGACUGGGGUUCGAAAGGUUCCAGGGCCUCUUGGCUUGAACCCUUUUCAUUAUAGAAUCCAUAUUGUAUUCAGCUGUUGGGUUUGUAGUAUUAUCUUGUUGCAAAAGCCCGAGUCCCAUCCAGUUCUCGCGCCUUAUUCUACCAGAUCUUUCUCCA